AUGGCCAACAACACCAAAGUCCAAGGCCGCACGUCCACGAACAAACCACGACCUCGAAAACGCCAACGAGGGGCUACCCGCGCUGAUAAGCCUCUUGACACCUCGCAGCCAUCGAUCUUCGAGUUGGUUCCUGAAGAACAGGUGGACGGAGCAAUUGCAUACUACUACGACCACCCCGAGCAGCUGCCAUAUCGUCUCAGCGGCGCACAUCAGAGAGCCAGUCAAAGACCUCUUCGCAUCAUGCUCAAAUUCGACGAAAAGAUCUUCGAGAGGAAAGUGCAGUUGAGGCCCAUCCCUGAUUGCGAGCUAGAAGGCGUGGAUCCAUUCUCUCUUGAUCCGGUUUUCGAGACGAAAGACGAUGACACGGACUCGGCUGCUUCAACCGAACCAGGAGGCGGCAGUGGAGACACAAUCUACUGCGGCCAAGAGUCUUUGGUCAUGGGCGAUCUGCUCCAUGGUCCUCGAGACUAUGGCUAUAUCCUCGCUCACGGUCAGACCGAGCAGUGCAAGACUUGA